CGAAGAAGCCUCUGUGUGGCGCUGCUGCGCUCUGAUUGGCUGACAGGCCUGCGGUUCCUGCGGGUAAACAAGAGCUGCUCUGCUAAACGUACAAAAAAGCAACACACCGUUUUUUAUGAGGAGCAAAUAAUCAAAAGCACACCUGUGUGACUUUACGCGCUCCUCUUCUCCUCUCCGCGCUCAAGUGGCACCGGCUCCCCGGGCUACCAUGAGCGGGUCCGCGGUCUGACUGCAGGACGAUGGCUGCGGAGCUGUUUCCCACCAAGAAGCUGGUCCCCGCCGCCUCCGUGCAGCAGUACCAGCAGCAGAACAUCACCAACAACAACACCAGCGUCACCGGCUGUAACUGGCAGGGCCUGUACCCCACCAUCAGAGAGAGGAAUUCAGUCAUGUUCAACAAUGAGAUGAUGGCAGAUGUUCACUUUGUCGUGGGACCACCGGGGGGGACGCAGCGAGUGCCCGGACACAAGUACGUCCUGGCUGUCGGCAGCUCCGUCUUCCACGCCAUGUUCUACGGCGAGCUGGCCGAGGAUCAGGACGAGAUCCGCAUCCCCGACGUAGAACCACCGUCCUUCCUCGCCAUGUUGAAGUACAUCUACUGCGAUGAGAUCGACCUUUGCGCCGACACAGUGCUCGCCACCCUCUAUGCUGCCAAGAAGUACAUCGUACCUCAUCUGGCACGAGCCUGCGUCAACUUCCUGGAGACCAGCCUGAGUGCAAAGAACGCCUGCGUGCUGCUGUCGCAGAGCUGCCUGUUCGAGGAACCCGACCUGACGCAGCGCUGCUGGGAGGUGAUCGACGCACAGGCCGAGCUCGCGCUGCGCUCUGAGGGUUUUUGCGACAUCGACAUCCAGACACUGGAGAGCAUCCUGCGUCGGGAAACGCUCAACGCCAAAGAGAUGGUGGUGUUCGAGGCGGCGCUGAACUGGGCCGAGGCCGAGUGCCAGAGGCAGGAUUUGCCGCCGACCAUCGAGAACAAGCGCCUGGUGCUGGGUAAGGCCAUCUACCUGAUCCGCAUCCCCACCAUGGCGCUGGAGGACUUCGCCAACGGGGCGGCGCAGUCUGGCGUGCUCACACUCAACGAGACCAAUGACAUCUUCCUGUGGUACACCGCCGCCAAGAAGCCCGAUCUCCUGUUCUGCACCAAACCGCGUAAAGGCCUGUCGCCGCAACGCUGCCACCGCUUCCAGUCCUGUGCUUACAGGAGCAACCAGUGGCGGUACCGAGGUCGCUGCGACAGCAUCCAGUUCGCGGUCGACAAACGUGUCUUCAUCGCCGGCUUCGGCCUGUACGGCUCCAGCUGCGGCUCGGCCGAAUACAGCGCCAAGAUCGAGCUGAAGCGCCAGGGCGUACCGAUGGCCCAGCGCAUCAUCAAGUACUUCUCCGACGGCUCGAGCAGCACUUUCCCCGUCUGGUUCGAGUACCCGGUGCAGAUCGAGCCGGACACCUUCUACACCGCCAGUGUGGUGCUGGACGGCAACGAGCUGAGCUACUUCGGCCAGGAGGGCAUGACCGAGGUGCAGUGUGGGAAAGUCACCUUCCAGUUCCAGUGCUCCUCCGACAGCACCAACGGCACUGGCGUGCAGGGAGGCCAGAUCCCUGAGCUCAUCUUCUACGCCUGACGGGCGGAAGGGAGGGCGCCGCAGAGAUUCCUGCUUCACUGCCAUGUUGACUUUAAAACUGUGGAGUUCUCAGGAAGUUGCCGAAGCAGAGACGGACUUGCUGAGCCUCAAAGACGGAACACCGACGACUCGAUGGAAACAUGAAGAAACGAGGACGUCCCUCCAACGCUGCCUGUGUUCAUCGUCUUCGUUACGCAGGAGUUGGAAGAAAAGACGAUGGCUGCAGGUUUGUCGGGACUAUUUUGAGUGGCAGAUUAAUCCACAGCUGUCACCAGACAUGACACUACAAACACCUGUGCAAUCCUGUCUUAAAGCCCCGUUUAAGGGUCUUAUGUUAGCCUGUGUUCAGUCCACAGAACUACAGAUGACUUCCACAAGCUGUCGAUCAUAUCUAUUGAUUAAACACUAAAACUA